CGAGUUAUUUGUCACGGUUUCACACAGGAAAGAGGAAGAAAGAAAUUAAAAUAUAAGCGCCCCUAAAUCACUUGCUGCCGCCUCCCUUCAAUAUCUCUCUUCUCUCCGGCACAGACAAGUACGAGCGGCGGCAAGUCUCGGCGACAGCCCGCCCCCUGCACGACGUUUUUGGCAGUCUUUCCCACCUUUGACGGAAAUCAUCGGUGUUUAACCACGGCGGGAAUACCUCCUGCAACGGCGACCGAAUCCCAGUCCCUCGCAGCUUCUUCUCCGGCUACGUCUCCCACGCUCCACCCGGCGUUUACACCAACAACAGAGAACACCCACGGCUCCAACGACGUACAGACCAGCAACCCACGACCAGAUCUGCUGUGACAGCGACAGCCCCGAUUCGUGGCGGCCAGGUAUAUCUUGGCUGAUUAACUAGGGCCGGUAAUGACCCACUCGGCCUUAGUUUAGAGUUUUCCACUCCCUAGAGACUUCAAAUAAGCAGGAUUAAGCGUAUUCGAGCACCAAUCAGCAAAGAUUCGAGUUGUUUUGGAUACGAUUCUGUGGAAUUCAAGCGAUAUAAUUGCAACUCACGGUGAUAUUUGUAGGACAUUUAACCAUGUGUUAAGAUUGAUCGAGUUGGAGAUUGAGAAAUAUGCCUCAGAGACACUCAAAGAACAAUAACGAUUUAGCCUUCUUCACCUAUGAUGAGAAGCGGAAGCUCGGGUAUGGAACACAAAAAGAGAGACUUGGAAAGGACUCGAUCAAGCCCUUCGAUGUCUGUUGCCUAUGCUUGAAACCCUUCAUUGACCCCAUGUGUUGUCAGAAGGGUCACACGUUUUGCAAAGAAUGCAUUCUUGAGUGCCUUUUGGCUCAAAAGAAAGAUAAUCAAAGGAAGCUUGCUGCGUAUACUGCUCAGCAGAAGCAAGAGAAGGAAGAAGCAGAAGAGAAACUGAUGCAGCAGAAAGCUAGAGAGCUUGAUGCAUUUGAUCAGCAAAACCAUGGCGCUGUACCACAAUACAGCGAUCGAAACCACAGUAGGGAUAAGAAUGGUUUCCAUGGGGCAAAUAGUGUAAAGGUUACUUCUUAUGAAGAAGAAGCACUUCGGACCAUGAAGGCAUUUUGGCUGCCUUCAGCUACGCCAGAAGCUCCUGUUAAAGCAGGAGCCCCUCCAAGCAGUACAUUCUGUCCAGAAGGCAACGAAAAACUUAAGCUAAAGUCCCUUUUCUCAAUAUAUUUCACAGAGGACAAAAGUACGCAGAAGAAAUCAAAAUCUUACGAUUUUACGUACGUAUGCCCUAGUUGUAAAGUUACUCUAACAAACACAAUGUCUCUUGUGGCCUUAAGCACGUGUGGUCAUGUCUUCUGUAAGAAAUGUGCUGAUAAGUUUAUGGCUGUGGACAAAGUUUGUCUUGUCUGCAACAAAGGAUGUAAAGUAAGGGAUUUGGUGAACUUGGAGAAAGGAGGCACAGGGUUUGCUGGCCAUGGGAAUUCACUUGAAGCAAAAGACUUCAAGCAUUUGGGAAGCGGUUCUGGUUUGGGGCUAGUAAGACCUGCCAUGAAGACUUAAAUCAUCUUUGAUUACGAAACUAGAACCACUUGCCCUAGCUACUUCAUAAUUGUGAGUUCCUUCCAUAAUCCUUUCUUCCUUUUUUAUUUUCUUAACACGUGGUCUUGUAAAAUGGAAAUGUCAAUAUUGAAUCUCUUUGCGAUCUUUAUAAUAAAAUUUAGAAGUUGGAGUUGCUUUUAAAUUGAGAUUUAUCAACAAGAAUCUUAAAAAUGAGAAUAACCAAAGCUUGGAGGCUCUCUUAUAAGCACGUAGCUCCCUCUUUGUAAUCUACGGAUCGCAAUUCCGGGUGUCAAAAUGGCAAAAUCUUUCUUACCUGUAGCUUUGGCAUAAAGAGAUAUUUUGCUGUGAAUCACAAAUAUUAAUGGCAUCUAGGGGAUGGAUAUGGGUUCAUGUAGAGCAAGUGGUAGGAUUGAUAAAUAUUGAUAGAUUUAUACUUUCGAGGACUUAGAAUGGAAGUUUUGGAAAGGUCAAACUUUGGUGGGACCGAGGGAUUUUGUAUCAUUGGCUUAUUAUUUUGACUUCAGCUCUUUUGAAUUGGGGAUUGAGCCCCUUCCGUUUCGAGAAUAUGUGGUUGGACUGAUAGAACCAAAUCGUUUAGAAGAUAUUUAUUGAUAGUUUGCGAAGUACACAAUCGUCUGUAUGUUUUGCUAAACGAUAUUACAUAUAAUUCGCUACACGAUGAAAGAACGAACAAACUACUACAUGAUCACGUCUAUUCUCUACACGAUCACACUCCCUUGCUACACGAUCGUUGUUACUCUACUACACAAUUGUCUAUUAGAUGAAGUAGACGAUGAGCGAUGCUUCUGCCAGCCUUUCCACGAUCAAUUCUAACUCGAACUCCCCCUCACACGCGAGAGCUCAUCUUCCCUCACCCAAAAUGUCCAUAUGUUCAAUGCCCCCUCCUUUCUCGCUUCCCUCUACUUUUAAAUGAGAACUUCUCCCAACCGAAUUGAAAGUCAUUUAGUUGUGGUCCUCAACACCCCUAAUUGUCUUAACUUCUUUUCUCAUAUUACCCAUUUUCUUCCUUCUUUGAUACAAUACAAUCGGAGACCUAACAUUACCUCCCUCCUUCACUUUUACUUUGUCCUCAAGGUAAAAUUCUGGAAACUGUUUCUGAAAGUCAUCCAACACCUCCCAAGUAGCCUCGUGUUCUGGCAACCCUUUCCAUUUCACCAAAACUUCACGCCCCCAAUGAGGCGACUGAGGUCGAGAACCCAAUACAACCUAUGGUUCAGUCAGCCAUGUAUGGUUUUCAUUGACUAAGGGAUCUACAGACGACCUCCCUUCUGGCUAUCCUAUCACCUUUUUAAGUUGUGAAAUAUGGAAGACUGGAUAGAUUGAUACCGUUGAUGGACUCCAAUUUAUAAACUACUAAUCCCACCUUGUCAAUAACCUGAUAUGGACCAUAAUACUUGGAAGACAAUUUGACAUACCUCUUUUGUCUUACUGAGAUUUGGCGAUAAGGAUGCAACUUCAGCCAUACCCACUCUUCGACUUGAAACUCUACAUCCCUUCUCUUAUUGUCCACAAAUUUCUUCAUUUUCUCUUGGGCCAUCCUCAAAUGCUCCUUAAGGAUGCGCAAGGCAACAUCCAUGUCUGGCAUCUGUUGGUCUAAUGUUGCAUUCGAAGUGCAAUCAUCCCCAUAAUUAAUCAACAUCGGAGGAGGACGUCCAUAAACAAUUUGCAAAGGAGAAAAACCAGUGGUGGCAUUAUACGUAGUAUUAUACCAGUAUUCCACCUAAUGCAACCAAUUAAUCCACUCUUUUGAACGCUCCCCACAGAAACAUCUCAAAUACAUCUCUACGCUACGAUUCACCACCUCUGUCUGACCAUCUGAUUGAGGAUGAUAUGCUGUACUACGAUAAAGCUUAGUACUCGACAGUCUGAAUAGCUCUUGCCAAAAAUUGCUCACAAACACCUUGUCCCGGUUUGAGACAAUAGACUUCAGAACCCCAUGCAACUUCACUACUUCUCUACAAAAUAUAUCAGCCACAACUUCAACAUUCAGAGGAUGUUUUAAAGCCAAAAAAUGAGCAUACUUGCUUAAUCUAUCCACUACUACCAGGAUCACAUCAUGUCCUUUGGCUUUGGGUAAGCCUUCAAUAAAAUCCAUCGAUAUGUCAGUCCAUAUAACAUCAGGAAUAGGAAGCAACAUUAACAGCCCUGCAGGGGAUAAUGCCAAGGAUUUGUUCAUCUGACAGACCAAGCACUCUUCCAUAUACUUCUUAAUAGCCAUAUUCAUUCCUUCCCAAUACAAUUCUUCUAAUACUCUUUUAUAUGUUUUCAGAAAUCUCGAAUGGCCACAAAAAACAGAGUCAUGAUAUGUAUGCAUGAUAAUAGUAGGUAUCAGAGUUGAAGUACUUGAAAUCAUUAACCUCUCUUUGAACUUCAGCACGCCCUGAUGUAGAAAGAAAUCUUGUACUCCGUCCUCCUUUUGCAGUACACGACUAUUGAUUCGUUGCAAUCUAACAUCAUGCUCUACCUCCUUCUAAAUUACUGGCAUAUCAAUCAUAGUAGGGGUCGUCAACUGAGCCAACUGAGUUUCAAUUUCCACCCUGGACAGCGCAUACGCGACUCCAUUCUUCAAUCUUGGACGAUAGACCACUUCAAAAUCAUAACCAAGCAGUUUAACAACCCACUUCUAAUGUUGCGGUUGUAUCGUCUUCUACUCAAGCAAAAACUUAAAGGCUUUCUGAUAAGUUUUAAUCACGAAUCGCCUUACCAACAAGUAAGGCCUCUACCUUUGCAUGAUCAUGACAACAGUUAACAACUCUCUCUCAUAUACUGGUUUCGUGCGGUCCCUAAGUGAGCUACCCCAUGGCACAUGUGUGUGUCAUGGUGUGGGCGAGCGUUACAAGACAAGUGUCUUGGGUGUCUUCCAUCGAGAAUCGGAUCUCAUGGAUAGUGUCGGACGACACGUGUGCUGGUCUUGUGCCUCUUCCCAUGGGCCAGAGGUUCGAUGUAGCACCCGGUAUGCCGUUUUGAUUCGACAAGGGUUCGGAAUGGCCUAAGUCUCGAUUAUGUCCAGAUGGAUGGAUGUUUGGGAACUCCCGAGUUGGAUUGUUGCCCAUGGGUCGAUUGAUGAUGAUUCUCGAUAAGCGUAUCCGAACAGGAGAGAGAAAGCUGAUAUCUCGACACUCGAGAUGGCAUCCUAAAGCAUUAGUGGGAUUCGAUAGUUCUCGGUUGGUUCGAUACUUGCUUGAGUUGUCCUGGUAAGCAGUGUAAUGGCCCGGUAGAUCCCGGUAAGCGACCAUUAGGUCGGUAGAAGCCCAAUAGGCGUUGAAGUAGGUCAGUAGAGCCUAGUAAGCAUUAUUAUGUCCCGAAAAGCCACGAUAAGUGUCUGAAUCAUCCAGUAAGCGACGAAGAGAGAUGCGACGUUGCACUGUGAUGACCUUAGCCUCAUAUAUGGGCAAGGUCGAGCCUCAAGACUCGAUAUCCAACUUCAUGGUCACUCGAUAUGGCUGCAAUCGACAUGUGUAUACUCGAUCAUAUUAAUGUCAUACUCGAUGCUCGAUCAUUUUAUACUCGAUUAUUUUGAAUUAUCCAUGUCACUUGAUACAUGGUGAAUUUCAAAUCGAUUUCUUGAAAUGUGAAGUAAUUUUAUACUUAAUAACUUUGACUAUAUAGGUGGUUGAUUUACAUGUACUACAGUGUAAUGUAGAGACGUUCUGAUAAAUACUUGAUACACGGUCACCUGAUACUCGAUACUCGUUAAGAUAUACUCGUUAUACGAUAUUCGAAAAUACUCGAUCAACAUUGACUUUAGAGAAUUAGAUUAGGGUUUCUCAACUAUUCUCUUACAAGUGAAAUGAAAGCUAGUUUAAAUACAAGAGAACCUAAGAUCCAAUGAGCUUUUAAAUAUACAAUAAACUAAACUAAAUAAUAUUUAAAAUAUAACAUAAGCUAAAUCUAUUACAUUUAAUAUUAAAUUCUAUAACAUAUACUCUAACAUACUACAACUCAUUAGCUUGGAUCAAUUAUUUUAUUUGAUUUAGGGUUCAGACAAAUCCUUAAUCACAUAUUAUUAAUUAUCGAUCCAAUUUUUAUAUGAAAAAUUAUUGAAGAACUACAAAUAACAUUUUUUUCAAAUUAAAAUUUCUAAGACUAAAAGUAUGAGAAGUUUCAAAGAAGGUCACAUGCCCAUAUUAUCAAUUAUGGGGCACAAGUUCAAAUAAGCAAGAACUUUUUUUUUCUUUUUUUGUAAAAUUGUUAUUGGUGGCUAAAAAUAGAUAGCCAAAUUGAAAUAUUCAAAAAGUUUUAUAUAUCUUGAAUUAUAGCAGCUAAAAUAGUAGGUGAUGAAAGUGAUUUUUUUUUCGAGUUAUGGGCAGAUCAAAUUUCUAUGUAAAUUUUCACAUUAUUUUGACAUUGUUUAUGUGAAUUUUGACAUUAUUUGUAAAUCUGACAUUAUUUUUAUUAGGGUUUUCUAUGUGAAUUCUAGCACUAUUUGUAAAUCUAUACCAUCUAUAGUCACCAAUUUUUUUUAGUAUUGUCGAGUAUCGUGUAACAUGCACCGAGUAUAUAGUAAUCAACCAUGUAAAUAGUCAAUGUUUAAAGAGUAUUUUCGAGUAUCGUGUAACGAGUAUAUAACGAGUAUCGAGUAUCGAGUGACUGUAUAUCGAGUAUUUAUCAGAACGUCUCUACAUUACACCGAGUAUAUAGUACAUGUAAAUCAACCAUCUAUAUAGUCAAUGUUUAUCGAGUAUUGUCAAGUAUCAUGUAACAUGCAUCAAGUAUAUAGUACAUGUAAAUCAACCAUUUAUGUAGUCAAUGUUACCGAGUAUAAAAUUACUUCACAUUUCAAGAAGUCGAUUUGAAAUUCACCAUGUAUAUCGAUUUGAAAUUCAUCAUGUAUCGAGUGACAUGGAUAAUUCAAAAUAAUCGAGUAUAAAAUAAUCGAGCAUCGAGUAUGACGUUGAUAUGAUCGAGUAUACACGUGUCGAUUGUAGCCGUAUCGAAUGACCAUGAAGCUGGGUAUCGAGUGACCGUGCAUCGAGGAACGUCUAACGAGCCAUUGAGGAACAUGUGAUGAGCCAUCGAGGAUCGAGUAAAUUUGUAUUGGCAGGCGCGAUGAGUACAUAUCAGGGGUGAAUCGGUAAAAUCACAUGCUUAUGACGUACAAAAAACCCAUGAAAGAAAAUAGAGUAGAAUAAUUGAGUGCUAAUUGGAGUAAGGAAAACGAAGGAGAGUAAGGAAAAUGAGGGAGAGUAAGGAAUCAGACUAAAAUAAUCGACCGCUUAAGUGAGAUUUGGGUUCCAACUAUUUUAGUUGGAGCCCCAAACGUUGGGUGGGCUAUUAUGGCCCACCUACCCAACUAUAAAUAGGUGGCCCAAAUGCCCCUUAGUGUUUAGAGGGUUGGAGAGGGAUCCUAAUGAUUUUUAGUGUCGGUAAAUAUGAUGUUUCUUGUUGGUGUUCAAUUUUAAGUAUCUUUUGUAAUUAUUUCGAGGGUAACUAGAUAUAUUGCUAAAAAAUAAAAACAUUCAUUGAAAAAUAUACAAAUCACCUUUCGUGGUAUGCGGGGGUAUGUGCUAUUUUGUAGGAUCUUUGGGAAGAGAGAAACAAUAGAGUGUUUGGUCUUUAGUGAGGUUUUUCUUUGGGCUUCGGUCUCGAUUUUAUUUAUUUAUUUAUUUUUGUAUUAUUCACUAGGUAUAUUUUACUUAGUCGAAAACCCUUUCUCUAAGGGGUC